AUGGUGGUGUUGAAUAGACCUUCUCAAUCUCUAGGUUUAACCUGUACAACAUGUAAGGACUCAUCCACAGUAGUGGUUGACCACGUGGAGGGGAACCAGCUAUGCCUUAAUUGUGGACGAGUUUUGGAAAACGUUUUAAUAUCAGAACAACAAGAGUGGCGUAACUUCAAUACAGAAUCACUAGGACAAGCAGGAGCAGAGAAGAGCAGAGUUGGAGAAUUGAACGACGUAUGGCUUGAUGGUACAAGUAGCACGACGUUUAUAGGAGGAUCUAAAAAGAUGCAGCAUUUACAAAAUUUGAUGACCAAUUAUGACUCAUCAGAUAGAGCCCUUAAAACCAGCUUUACCCUAUUACGAACAAUAGCAGACUCACUUAAUAUGAGAGACCAAGUAGUGGAGCGAUCUAAGGAGAUUUUGAAGGAGUUGAACCAAAUGGGUCAUUUGAGAUCCCGUUCAAAUAGUUUAAACACAUUAGCAGUGCUUUAUUUGGCCUGUAGAGAAAGUUCAGUUUCCCGUUCUCUUAGGGAACUUGUGAUUUAUGACCGCAGCUUAACUGUCAAGGAACUUGGAAGAGCUAUUAACAGGCUUAAAAAGGUACUGCCUAAUAGAGGAAACGCACCCACAGAAGACGUCUCUCAACUUAUGCCUCGCUUUUGCUCAAGACUUAACCUUAGCAAUGAAUUUAUGACAACUUGUGAAGCAAUUGCUCAGAAAAGUUUUGUCCUCUUGACUAGCGCUCACAGGACCACUUCACUAGCCGGUGGCAUUAUUUACCUUGUCACUCGUCUCUUUUUCGCUGAUGACUCGCCAAUAUCAAUUUCUGACAUUUCCCAAGUCUGCGGUACUAGCACCGGAACGAUCAAGACCACCUUCAAGGAACUGUGUUUGUACCUGGACAAACUAAUUCCUCCUAAACAUAGAGAUAAAAUGCAUAACAUUACUAAUAUUCCUAAUACUAGUGGAAAGGUAGAGUCAAGUCAGCCCGGAGUUAGGAGUUUGUUAACUGGGAAUUUCACGAAUUUUUAA